AUGACUCCUCUUCCCUGGGUUCGCCUCUCGGUUUCAGCCUCGGCGUCUAUCAGCCCCCUCCUCCCUCCCUCCAACGAUUUUUUGUUCUUUAUAAAUUUCUGCCAGCGGAGGAGGGGGUCGGUGAAAGUAAAGAGGGAGACACGGAGAGCCUUCCCACUAAACUUCAGCAGCCUGGUCGGGGUGAGAUGCAGCGCGCCUCGUCCGUCCGUCCAUGGUCCGCGAUUAGAGCUGCUCUCUGCGGAGUGCAUGGAGCUAAUGUCGGGCAGGAGCGGCUGGUUUGGCUGCGGAGUGAUGCUGCUGCUGCUGCUGGUACUGCUGCUGCUGCUGCUGCUGGUGCUGCUGCUGCUGCUGCUGGUACUGGUGCUGGUGGUGGCAGAGACAGAGGGAUGCAAACUCACCCACUCCCCUCUCCAGCACCAUACUAAUGGCAUGUCAGUAUACGGUCAGUGCUAUGGUCAGUGCUAUGGUCAGUGCUGUGGUCAGUACUGUGGUCAGUACGGUCAAUACUGUGGUCAAUACUGUGGUCAGUACUGUGGUCAGUACUGUGCUGAGUACUGUGCUGAGUACUGUGGUGAGUACUGUGGUCAGUACUGUGGUGAGUACGGUCAGUACUGUGGUCAGUACUGUGGUCAGUACUGUGCUGAGUACUGUGCUGAGUACUGUGGUCAGUACUGUGGUGAGUACUGUGGUGCGAGUAACGAGGUGUGUCUCAGAAAGGGAGGAAACAGGAGGGGAGGGGGAGAACAGGAGGAGCUGGGGGAUGAGCUGGAACAGUACCCCCCCAACGGAUACCUCAAGGCGUCCUUAGACACGGCCCGGUCCGAGGAGGGUCCCGGGAUGGGGGGGGCAGGCUCCGACUGUGGGACAACAGGAGCACGGUUAGCUUUAGCGAGAGAAGGGGUCUUAGGCUUUAGGUACGUCUGGGAACUUUGGGGACGCACAGAGGAGCGAACCAAGAAGAACGCCGCGUCAUAUGAGCUUCUCCUGUCUGAGCAGUUCAUCUUCAGCGCCUUUAACGCACGGGCCCCGGCUGAUCUGAGAAGACGGCGAGAGGAACUCCACUUCCCACAAUACCUGGCUCCUGACGUCAUUCGCACGCGCCCAAAUUCAGAAUAUUCACCGUUUGUGUUGCUAAUCUUGGUCUAA